AUGAACGAGCGGUGGGAAGGUCCCCGGGGCCAACGGCACUGGCCCGAGGGGCACCCGGCGUGCGGGGGCCGUUCCCAAUCCCCCAUCGACAUCGGGACGCGGCAGGCGCUGCCGGACCCCUCGCUGCCCCCCGUGCGCCCCGUGGGCUACGGCCGCCCCCCCGCCGCCCCCUUCGGCCUCGCCAACAACGGCCACACCGCGGUGCUGGCGCUGCCGCCCUCGCUGCGCCUGGGGGGGCUGCCCCGCAGCUUCGCGGCCGCCCAGCUCCAUUUCCAUUGGGGUCGAAACGGGGGGGCCGAGCACCUCCUCGAUGGGUACCGGGCACCCGCCGAGAUGCACGUGGUGCACUACGACGCCGAGCGCUACGCCAACGCCAGCGAGGCCCAGCACCACGCGGCCGGGCUGGCCGUGCUGGGCGUCCUGCUGGAGGCCGGCGAUGAGCCCAACCCUGCCUACGACAACAUCCUGAGCCACCUCGGCAGCAUCCGCUACGCGGGGCAGACGACCUCCGUGCCCUCCUUCAGCGUGCGGGACCUGCUGCCCGAGCGCCUGGACCGCUACUACCGCUACAACGGCUCCCUCACCACCCCGCCGUGCUUCCAGAGCGUCCUCUGGACCGUCUUCCAGCAGCCCGUCCGCAUCGGCCGGGCCCAGCUGGAGCAGCUGCGGGGUUCCCUUUACGCCACGGCGGCCGACGAGCCCUCGCCCGAGCGGCUGGAGGAGAAUUUUCGGGCCCCCCAGGACCUCAACCAGAGGCUGGUGCUGUCGUCCUUCGCCAGCGGUCCCGAGGGAUAUUCGACAGGUGAAGUUGUCGCCAUCGUCUUCGGCACCGUCUUCGGCUGCCUCGGCCUCUUCCUCGCCGUCCAUUUCGUGAGCAAGAGGCUCCGCGCGAGGAGCAGGCAGGAGCAAGACGUCGUCUUCAAAGCCUCCUCGCGCCGCGCGCCCUCGGCCGAGAGCCACCGGCCCUGA